AUGGAGCAUCCACCGUCACCACCACCGCCAAAUUGUAACUCUUUUGAACCUGAAUACGAAUGUCAAUACUGUAAUAAAAAAUUUAACAAGAAACAAGCUUUGGGAGGGCACCAAAAUGCCCACAAGGCUGAAAGGACCUUAGAGAGAAGUAACCGGGACUUCUCAGAACCCAAUUACAACAGGCCAUUCCCGGGGUUUUACAAAAGGCCUUUACAGGCUCCACAAAUGCUAUUACGACAUCCUGCAAUCCAGUUUGGCAUUAAUCCUCGCCCGGAAAUGCAGGCGAUGCCCCCAUUACGCCCCCGGGUGGUGGUUGCUGAGCCACAACUCCCACGGCCGCCACAAUUGCAUAACCUCUUUCCAAGUGCUGGCCCUAUGGGUAGUACUUCUGGAGAUGGAAGUCGUCAAGCUUAUGGCAGUGGAUAUAGUAGUAGUGCCGGGGCUCGUGAGGGCAGUGCCCUUGCUACCCCAAGAAAUGAUGAGUCAGAUUUUGAUGACUCAGGACUCGAUUUAUCUCUUAAGUUAUAA